GGGCCAUCAUGGCAUGGAAGUGAAAUACCAGAACAUUCUAGGAAGAACCGAGAGCAUCCGCUUAUGAUAUUGUGACAUUUCAAUUAAGCGUUUCAAAUAUUAUCAAUUGAAAAAACCUGCAAUAAUUUCCUCUGUUACGCUAACACCCUUUCUUCAAAGAUGUCAGAACCACCAUUUAGACCACGAGAGAAACUUAUUGAGAAGCAAAAGCAUUUCCAGAGUGUCCAUAAGCACACGUAUUUGAAAGGACCAUAUGACAAGAUUACCUCUGUUGCAAUACCACUCGCAUUGGCAGCAUCUUCAUUGUAUCUGAUUGGAAGAGGGAUCUACAACAUGUCACAUGGAAUAGGGAAGAAAGAAUGACUUACACUUUCUGAUUGAUUUCUGUGCUUAUAUGUCUGGUGCCUUGAUAAAUUUCUGUAAUUUUCAGACUUUGAUCACCAAAGGAAGUUCAAAACUUGGAAUGAAUAGUGUUCUCUAUUUGGUUGAUGUAACGAUGUAAUGGUGAUUCAGUACUUGUGUGUAAUAACUGGAUGUUCAUGUUCCUUUUUGAGUCAUUUUCACCAGCUAUAUCUCAAAUAACAUGAACAAAAUACUUGAGAUAUGCGAUCAUAAAAAAAAGAGAAGAAAGCACAUUUUUUCCUAUAGAAUAAUACCAAAAAGUAUGAAUAUUGUGGAAUUAAAAGUAAAUAUGGAAAUUGUUUUGAAAUGGAAGAUUCGUUGUCUUAUUUGAACUUUCAUUUUUAGUUUUUUAGUGAUUUUUCUUAUUUAAAAUUUCAAACACGUGAGGAGUUUAUAUUUAUUACCUCUGUUGCAAUACCACUCGCAUUGGCAGCAUCUUCAUUGUAUCUGAUUAUAAGUUUGUUUGUUAUCACUUUUCAGAAAUCUUCAUAUAAUCUGUAUUGACUUUGCAGAUUGAAUAUUUCAAUAGCAUUCAAUGAGUCUCCUCUUAUUUCUGGUGCAAUACAUUUUUAACAUUUUGCACUUUUUAUCAGGGAAGAGGGAUCUACAACAUGUCACAUGGAAUAGGGAAGAAAGAAUGACUUACACUUUCUGAUUGAUUUCUGUGCUUAUAUGUCUGGUGCCUUGAUAAAUUUCUGUAAUUUUCAGACUUUGAUCACCAAAGGAAGUUCAAAACUUGGAAUGAAUAGUGUUCUCUAUUUGGUUGAUGUAACGAUGUAAUGGUGAUUCAGUACUUGUGUGUAAUAACUGGAUGUUCAUGUUC